AUGGCGGUGGUCUCUGCCAUGUCGCCUGACUUCUGCAACACCCUUGGACCGCGCCUGUCGCUGGCCGCUGAAGCCGAGCUGCGUGACCUUGCAAACGUGCUCAGCUCUGUGGAUCUGCGCCACGAUACCCCGGAUACUUGUGCUUGCCGCCUCACUAACUCUAAACUGUCAAACAAAAGUUUCUAUUUCAAUUCUUUCAGGCAUCUGCAGAUUGAUGACGUGGCCUGUAAGGUCUGGAAGAGCGCCGCCCCCCUCAGGUGCAAGAUUUUCUGCUGGCUCGCCAGGAAAAAACGCCUCCCCACCAACGAGCGACGGUUUCGACACCACCUCUGCGCCAGCGUCGGAUGCCCCUCCUGCUCGCAGGACGAAGACGUGGCACACCUCCUGUUUCGGUGCCCCCAAGCCCUUCAAGUGUGGAAAUUCUUCUACCCUGAUUUCGACGAACAGGGACCCUCGAGCCUCACCGAGUUCUGGUCCUCCUGUUGUCCAAGCUAUGUAACGACCACGAUCACCACCGCCAUCGCUUGGAGCAUCUGGAAGAGAAGAAAUGGCCGUGUCUUUCACGGGAUUGUUGAAGACCUCGCCUUAGUCACGCAGCGUUGCAUCGAAGACAUUAGACUUUGGGCAGUUAAUAAAGUUGUUCAGGCUCUCCUCUAA